GGCAUCAUAUAAUGAUCACGUGACAUAGCAACAGCUUCAGUAGCAACGAGCUGCAACAAUUGUGAAAGCGCACAUUUAACGUCUGUUAAGAUUUAUCGAAAAUAAUGGGUUACGGACAAGUGUUCAGUGACGGAAAUGUGUCCAAAGCUUCUUACCUGUACAGGCCAAGCCAGCCUGUCAGGAGACCGGUCUCGAACUGGACUGCUCCCUUUACCUACAGACCAAACCCCUAUAAGUGGGUCAACCCGAGCCUAAGGUCAUGCUCUGACGAGUACAAGGCUGAUCUUCAGCCUGUCAGGUCUGAGCCAAGACCAGGGCCUGGUUAUUCCACCACUUACAGUGGUAGGCCUGCAGAUAGAGCCAGUCAAAAAGAGAGAUACAGGUCAGCAGACCCGGCACCCCUUCAGCUGGCAGACAGAUCUGAGAGGUCUAGUGAGUCUCGUAGAUACAGAGAGAGAUCCCAAGCCUCAAGGUCCAAGGAACGAUCUUCUCCUCCCAAGAGAUUCAGGGAAGAUUUCAUUGUGCUGGAUGAGUACAGCAGUGAAAGUGAUACCUCCUUGGUAACCACCUCUGGCAGUGGAUCAUCAAUAGCAAGCAGCUGUGGCACUGGGAGUAACACAUCACUGAGUGAGAUAUCCUCUAGCAGUAGCACUGUCCUGUACAGCACUGGAAGUGAAUUAUCACUAGAUGAUGAAAGUGACUGCAGUCUGGCUAAACCAGCUGUGGAGGCAGGGGGUCAUGAGCCCAAAGAGACACCAGAGCUGUGGGGAACUCAGUCUUGGACAGGUCACACUGAGCCUCAUCAAGAAGCCCCAGCCUGUUUCCAUGGUUACAGCUGACAAACUGUCCAGUCCAUUGGCCAAUCCCAAACCAAGUUUCUGUGGUCAAGUGAAACCUUCACAGUUUGAGAACCAUGUCCCAGCUGAACUGCCAGAGCUUUGGGGGUGCUAUGUGAGUGCUGCAAUGCAGAGGCAGAUGGAUCAGUGGGAGAGGGAGGCUAGUAGCCUGAACAUCAAGGCUCCAUCCAGCACUG